UCUUCAGCCAAUUGUAGACGCAAUUCAGCAAUUAAAGAUGUCAUUAUAUCAUGAUUUCUAUGCUUUUAAAAAAUCGCAAGAGGACAGAAUGGAACAAAUUCUCAAACAUCUAAGUGGCAAACAAUUAGAUCGGCGGACAAAAACUAUUGCUAAGCCGAGAACCAUACGAAACAAAGGUAGUUGGAAUAUACAACACAGAAACGGCGGAAUAAAAGAGGAUAAUUUGCACCACAACGCUGUCAAAUUUAGUCAAAAUCGGCAAAAAGGAAAUGAAGGAGGUCAUAUGAAACGUAUCCCAAAAAUGUUAAAUUCAGCAAGUACCAAAAUAAAAAAGUUCCCACUUAAACUAUCUGGUAUUAAUCUAAAUGAAGGAUUAACACAUUUGCUUUCCAAACGUAGAACUAAUAAACAAGUACUCGUAAUGCAUGAGAUUUUUCCAAAACCUUUAUCAAUAUUGCCACGCAAAGAAACAUAUUCUAAAAUACCAUCUUUUGAACCAGAAACGAACACUGUACAAUCUUAUAAAUUACCAAUUCUCGACUUUUUUCCGUUUGGACAAUAACAAUUGGGAAUGAGAAAUCGUUAAAACAAUAUAAUUAUUUAUAAUAAAGAAAAAUGUGAAAAUAAUGCUGUACUUUGAUCUUAAUCUCAAAUUUCUGGUUCGUAUAGUACCAAGAUACCAAAUGGACUUGUUCUCAUCCUGAGCUAAAUAAAUCGGAUCAUUCAAAAUAAUGUGUUGAUUGUUUAAUUUUAAUAUA